ACGCGAUGCUUACUUACGUAUUAUAUAGGCAUAUAGAGUAGUAGCAAAUGAUCGUCUCGUGCAGCAAAGGAUCUCUGCGUUUGUUUAUUUUUUUUUCUUAUUCUACGCUUUAAUUUGAAUACGUCCAUCGUAUGGUGCAUCGUGUGUGCAUCGUGUGUGUGUGUGUGUGUAAUAGUCCUGGGCUGCUGUGCGUGCACGCGCGCGAGUGAUCGUUACGUGCCCGCCCGUCCGCAUGUUGUAUACAGCUGUGGAGGCAGGUAAAAAAAAAAUCGAAAUCGUCCGGCAUAUUUACGCGCGCACGGAUACAAUUAUAACUGCGCUCCGCGCGGAUCGACGCGACUGCAGUAUCUGCACUGCGUGAGGCGUGUAACGCGCGUAAAAAUAAAAAAAAAACGGACUCGUAUUUACGGCGAUGAGUAAACCAAUAUAACGACGCUAAAUAAAAAGGCAAUGACGCGACUUUGACUCUAGCUUCUCACGUGCACGCACGUCCCAUAUUGUAUAUGUCAUGGUGCCACCAAGAAUCUCAUACAUAAAGUGCAGUGAUAUACCGAAUAAGUAAUACCGAUCGUGCUGUCUACUUAAAGAUUGAUUUUGGAAUCGUAUGUAUAUAGGAGCUCGAUCGACGGCUCGAGAUGUCUAAUUUUAUUUUCCCGGAAAAAAACCACAUACUCGCUGAUACACAAGCUCGAAUUUAAUUUUCUUUCUAUUCGUCACGCGCGAGCGUACACGCGAUGCUUCGCGCGCGCCGAUUUAUAUAUACACGCGUGUAUAGAGCUAUAUCGUUGUAACUCGCUCGCGCGGAGUGCGACAAUAAUUGUUUUACAAUUUUCCGAGCAUAACAAUUGUUGUACGCGCAUUACGUUACAUAUAUAAGUACUCGAGCAACACACACGCACACACAUACACACACAAACGCAGAUGUAAUGUCACAUUAUAAGGUAAAGCUUUUUCGGUUAGGUAACGCGACGAAGAUUCGCGAUUUCUAUAUACGCAUAUAAUAUUGAGCUCGCGCCGCGCCGCUAAACGACUCGGCGCACGAAUACACGAUAUUUAACAUAUAUUAAUACCACGACUUUAUUAUUACCGUCAGUUUUUUUUUUUUUAACUUUCCAUUGCGCUCAUUAGGGGAAAAAAGAAGAAGAGAAAAAAAAUCAUCCGCCAUUCAGGACGCGACGAUAAGAUAAAAUAUUUGCGUGCGUCUCGGGGCUACAGCGCUAUAUAUACGAGCUUGCUGCGCGCGGACCGCGUAAAAAAGAUCUCCACGCUCGCGUUCCACAGAUCGCUGAGAAUCGCGCGAGGGAGAGGCAGCAGCCACUGCCGGGACCCGAACUGGGGAGAUAAUAAAUUUUACGUAUUUUCGAUAUCGCAAUACAAAAUUUCGAAGCUGGUUCACCAAAAAAAAAAACAUCCGCUACUACACGUGUACACGUCUAGGGAUAUGCGCGUGUGCAUCUUGGGCAACGAUCGCCACUGGUCAGUAGUAGUAGUAGUAGUGCAGCCGCAGCUGGGAAAUGAUAGGACACGUCGCCGGCGGUGGUAGCGGCCGCGCGGAUCGGAGCUUCGCGUGCCUGCUGGCCGUCUACGCGCUGCACGCCACGAUCUUUCACGUGCUCUGCCUCGACGGACCGGCCGACGACGUGAUUCGCCGUACCAACGUGCCUCGUCCGGAUGCAGCAGCAGCAGCAGCAGCCGUAGUAGUGCUCGUCGUUCCUCCGAAAUCUCGGCCGGAAAAUGUCACGAUUUUUCCGAGACAACGGCAGAUAUUACGGCUGAGCGAAUUAUUACCGAGUCGAAAAAACUCGACCGCGGACCGGCGACGCGUGACGCUGAAAUGCGGCUCUCAGGACUCUUGGUUCAAUUGGAUCAGCAACUACUCGUUCAUCGGCGGCAUAACGUCUUCCACCUGGGCGGUCAUAAGCGGAUGCACGAUUUUUUUGCUCACCAACUGCGAUCGAGACGAGCUUCGCGAUCGACGAGUAAACGACAAAGUCGACUCUCGGCUUUGAACGGAAUAAAUGAGCGACGAUGAUUCGUCGCUAAUGUGCCAGUACCAGAGUAUUUUUGCCAGUAUAUAAAACUAUUUCAUCGUUGCCACUAAAAGUUAUUGCCUCAUACUAGCGACUAAUGUAAUCGUUAUGAAUUGUUUUUAUUGUUAGACGAGUGCGGAUUUUAUAGCCCCGAACAUACGUGUGUAGAUAAAUAAUGCAGGAGUGAAGCUGAUUAGUUGAAGCAGCAAAAAAAGAAGUGCAGUUUUAUUAUGAAUAUUUGUGAAGCUUGUGAGAUGUAUAAUGAUUAUUGUUUUACAAAUAGUUGAUAAACCUUUUUUUUUAUACUUAAGAAUUCAGAGAAAAGAUAAUUCUUUGAUUUGAAGAAUUGCAAAAAAUAUAUAAUGCUACAAAAUAGAUAAAAGGAUGGAUGAAUGUUUCAUGUGGUAACAAUAUAAACAUUUUUAAUGAUUUGAUUUGUAGGGAUUAAUUCUUUUGCAUACAAAACUCCAAAAUAGAAUGAUUGUUAGAAAAACAUACGUGCAAUGGUUAUGAUAAGCAUUUGUAACACACAAUUUUUCAUGUAAAAUUGAUUCAUGUAGCUUUGAAUUAUAAUAAUUAUAAUAUAA